AUGCCGCCUUCGAAGUGGGAUGAGGAAGAGGAGAGCGCCUCGCCUCCCCCUGUUGUCGUACCCCGCCGCCGUUUCGACGACGAAGAGGAAGAGGAUGUCCUCGACUCAUGGGAUGCCGCCGAAGACUCCGAGGUAGAGCGCGAGAAGGCCAAGAAGGCCGCCGAAGCUGAGGCCAAGGCCAAGGCACUCGCCGCCGCCAACAAGAAGAGCAAGGCCCAGCGGAUAGAGGAGCUCCGGGAACAGCGCCGACGACUCGAGGGAUCCGAUGCAUCCGACAGCGAGGACGAGGCUGAGCGUCGCGCUCGCCUGCGCCGGACCGAGCAGGAGGCCGAUCUCGCCCACGCCGCGGAUCUGCUCGGCGAAGUCGACCUCAAGCGCAACAAGGGUGCCCCCAAGGCUGUCGUUGUCACCGAUGCACGCGAUCCCACUAACGCCAUCGAUCUGUCCGCCAUGCCGCUGUUCAAGCCUGUCACCAAGGACCAGUUCAACCGUCUCACCGAGAUCCUUCUGCCGCUCCUCACUCCACACUCCAAGAAACCCCACUACACGCUUUGGGCACAGGACUUCACUCGCAAGCUUGUGAAGGAGUUGCCUAGCGUUGAGAUCAAGAAGAUCGCUAGUGCCCUCACUACCGCUUCUAACGAGAAGAUGCGCGAGGAGCGCGCUGCCGACAAGGGCAACAAGAAGACUAAGGCGGCCAAGACUAAGAUCUCGCUGAAUGCCAGCCGUGAUGUUCACCAGGAUAGCACCAACUACGAUGGCGACGACGGUCUUGGUGAUGAUGACUUUAUGUAA